AUGGAAGCUAUGAAAAAAGAAUACCCUGAAACCCAAUUUUCAGUUUUUGUGACAAUUUUGACCUCACCAACUCUUAUAAGCAAUUUGCAGGAGAAGAACAUCAAGGUAACAGGCACUGUGCGCCAAAAUAGGAUUGAUAAAUGCCCAUUAAUGGAUGUCAAGUCUGUCAAAAAGCAGCAAAGAGACUAUUACGACUACCGUUAG